AUGGUGUACGCUAUUAUUAUAAAACAUGGCGAGUCAAAGAAGAAAGUUAGCAAAAGCAAACAACCCAUAUUGGGACAAAAACAAAAAAGCGAAAAAAAGAAAAGUACCAGUCUAUGCAAAAAAGGGGCCGCUAAUUCCAGUUACUGUUACAAGAACAAUCAGUAUUCCAUAUUAAACUAUUUUGACGUUAAAAAAAAAGAAAAAAAAAAAGACGAACGAAAUAAACAAGACAGUACACCCAAUAAAAAUGUCGAAACAUAUAUAGACAAUUUUUAUAGCAUUGAAGAAUGCAAAAAUGACUCAAAACAGAACGGACACAUUUUGACGUACAUAAAAUGGAUAUGUGAAGAAAAAAAAAACGAAAAGGGAAAUAUCAAGGAACACAUUUUAAAAUUACUAAUAUUGUUAAAAAAGGAAGAUAUUUAUUUGAGAAAGUAUUUCCCAAAAGUAUAUAAUUUUGAGCGAAAGAGGAAACAAAAAGGUGAUACAAUCAGAAAAACAAAUUUUAAAGAAAAAAUUUUCGUUAAUAAUAUUUACAAUAGGAACGUCAAAAGGACCAAAUUCUAUUCCAACAUAGUGAAUGGCGCCUUAUAUGAAUACAAGGUGACUUACUGCAAGGAAAACAGGUUAAUGACAUUUCAUUAUUACGAUGGAAUUAGGAAAUCAUUCAAGGUUUCCAACGGUACCUUCUUUUACCUUAUAUCAGAUGACAAGAGUGUUUUUCGACGUACUUCCCUAACCAAUGAGGGAUCAAUUGAGCAGGACGCCCUGCUCCCCCACAAGAACAAAUACAUCUACACGUUUGAGCGAAAUUUCGAAAAUAAAAUAAAUGUCCAAAUAAUAGACAUUUUAAGCAGAACAAGGAAGACAGAAUUCUCCCUUGGGUAUACCCCCCUCCGAGUAUUUGACCACAAUGAUCAUUUGUUUUUUGUAAAUUUGUUGAGCUCUACCAACGGACAAAAGUACUUCACGUACUCCAUCUACAAGAACAACGUGAAGGAAAAAAUUAGAGUACUCUACUUGUCCGCUGUUCACCCGUUCUACUCCAACACAGUUGGAGGCGGGAACGACUCUCUCUUUUUCCGCAAGUGUAAAUAUUUUUACCGUGAGGAGAAGGUUUUUAUGUGGACUGACCCAUUGUGCCAUGGAUCGUCCCCUACCGAAACGGUGCCAUUCCCAACCGAUUCCUCCACUUUUUCCACCUCAUCUGAUGCUUCCUCCUCCUCUGCUCUGGAGGAGCCUUGCGAAACAAGGCUAAACCAAAUCCCGAACAUGAAUAUCAUACACAUAAACUCCAACGUGAACAUCUGCAUCGCUUUCGAGGAAAACACGGAGACCUACUUCUUCUUUUAUAUCCUCUACAAUGUGGUAAAAUACAACAAAAAAUAUCUGAAGAAUUAUUUCAAAGCGGAAAAAAUGGAAAAGUUCCUCCCUUUCCAGCACUUCCUAAGCAUCGAAAAAAAACAGUUCUGUUACAAAAAAGAAACAUUCAGAAAUAUCAAUUUUAACACACAAGCUUACAAACCACAACUUGUUAUCACCACGGGAGGAAAUAAAAGCAUCCAAAGUAGAAUUAAAUUGUGUGUCUACGAUAAUGCAAACAAUUUGCUAUUUCUUAUCCCAAUAUAUCACAAAUACGUCAAGGAUAAAAUUAAGGUUAUCCCCAAUGUUUUAAAUUUCACCACCGUUAAUAUGACAAGGGAGUUCUCCACGCUCAAGUACUACCCCUACAACUUGUGUGCCUUCCUCAACAACCAAAUGAACACUACCCAUUUGGAGUGCAAGCCAAGGGAGCGAAAUUACGAACAUACUAUUGUUAACGUUUCUACUGGGGAAAAGAGGAUGCUCUAUUUUAAAAAGCUGCUAAAGCAAAAGAGGGACAUACUAAAAUGGACAGAUGCAGAGACGAAGAAAAAAGAUCCAAACAAGAACACACAAUUAAAUAAACUCGUCCUAGAUGUUAACAAAAUGAAUCACUUCAUCAUCAUCCUCAACAAAGACGGAAUGCUCUACCUACUCUCUGACGAUGUGUACCUCUCUAGCAUAUACCUGUACAACAGCACAGCGCAAAUAUAUAAUUUACACAACUCAGACCUCUGUCAUGUCACUGUUGAUACGAUCGACUAUGACAACAAGAAGAAGCUCCGCUUGAAAUCCUACAGAGUCCACAUCGACAUUCUACCCAAAAACCCCACACUCAAAUUUGUCCUGUACUUUUUCUACAACUAUAUCUGCAAAAAGAUUGCCACUCAGUUUCUCACCCUCUUCAUUUAUGAGUGCAGGAGGGGGCAGCAGAACAAGGGCAUUUUCCACUUUAUUAACAUUGACAUAUACUUUUUGGGUCAACACGAUUUGGGGUACUCUCACUGGUGGGCGCCGUCCCCCAACAGCGUCAACGCGCAAAAGGAAAACGAGAAAAGCACAAACGGGUUAAGUGAAAACGGGCGAAGUGUAAACACGUGGAGUACCCAUCUGCAGAGCGGACACAUGCAGACACAGAAAUGUCCCCCCCACCCGAGUCAACAAUUUAGCGACCCCCCAAUCGCGAACAAGACUUGGGUAAAGAACCAAACGGAAAAGUACGAAAUUUUCAACAGAAAUUUCUUCGAAGUGGACAAUCUGUCCCACAUCGAGUUCAGCCGAUUUGUUUACCUCUUUAUGCUUAUCUGCGUAGAAGACUUAAAAAUGUACAGAAGAAUGGAAAAAUAUUUGUACCUUAAAAAAGGGAAGAACCUCAUACCCACGGAGGAGUAUAUCGAAUCGAAAUUUAACUGCUUUAGGUUUGAACAAGCGGAGGAAAGUUCAAACAGUGAGGAGGACCAUGAAUCUUCUUCUAAUUCCUAUGAUAGUGACGAUAGGGUAAGGAAAAUCACACACAAAAGCUUCCUCCCGCGUGGUGGCAAAAUGGAUAAAGACGUGGACCUCCCCCCUGAUAACACCACGAACAGCUAUUACACCGUCAUCAACAAUUUUAUUACCUACCUGCACGAUAAGUAUAAGCAUAUUUACCGCAACAAGUAUCUCCUGUUAGCCUACCUACAUUCCUACUGUGACGAAAUCAGCAUGAGCGAGUUGGUGGAACAAAAAAUCAAAGACGAUAUCAUAUUUUUAAUUCUUAUCCUGUCAUACACGCUCAAGCUGUACAAUUUUAUGUUUCAUUACUUGAACAAACUGAGUUCAUGCAGGAAAAGAACCCUGCUCCCUUUUUAUCAUCAUGUAUGCAGAAGGUACUACAAGGAAGAAUUACUAAAACGGUGUACAUAUAAUGUAGCACGUCAGGGGUUAUCACUAAGUGUAAGCAAAAGGGAUAGAUUCUGUCUCAAAAUGGAGCAAAGAAGGGACCCCAUUUGUGGAAAGACAUACACAAUCCAUUCCCCCGUUAGUAAAAACAGAGUCAUAGAGUUAAGGCCACGCGACAAAUUUGACAAAUAUACAUUUUUAAACAAUUACCUAAAGGGAAAAUUCACCAGACUGAGUAGCAUCCCAAACACAUUGGAACUCCUCAGCCAAAUUGCCAAUUGCAGUCAUGCGGAGGAAGGGCAUAGCCACUUGAACCAUUUUUUGAAUGCUACCUUCUGUCUUCAACAUAAUGAGAAUCACACAAAGAAGCUGAAACUCAAUUAUGAAUAUUACUUGAGGGAGGUGGAACAACUUUUCAGUGUAAUCAUGGAGGACCAGGACAGGAGGAGAACAAGCAGGAACAAGAAUAUUAAGAAAGGGAAGUAUAAACAAAGUAGAUUGACUCGUAUAAUCACAAACGAAAGUCACAUAACAGACUGCUAUGAAAACUUCCAGUCCUUCAAAUCGUUCAUCCUUCUUGACAACAAAAUGAAAUUCCUGUACUAUUUCUCCCCUCUAUAUUUUCCGCUAAAGAAUUUGCUAAUUGCCUCCCAUUUGAGUCUACUCUAUGGACAAAAUUUGAAAAAAAAAAUAAUCAAAAAUAAUUUUAUCAGGAAUGUUGUUAAGAACGAGUUGGACGUAAUUUAUGUGCCCACCUUCCCAGUACAUUUUAUGGAAUGCCCAGAGGAGAAGGGGUCUCAAGGACGAAGAAACAGCUGUGCACAUAAUUCUCCCCGUGGUGAAGUCUCCAAAAAGGAAGCAACAUGUGGAAGGUACUGCACACGCAAGAGGCAACCCAAUCAUCGUAAAAGAGCAGUUAUUCCAACCAAACAGGGCAAAAAAGCACCCCGUAAUGGAAAUUCCUUUGCGACAUCUCACAGCAGUAGUGCCACGUCCAGUUGCGCAUUCUCACAACACUCGAAGGAGAGGCAGCAAAGCAGUAAUCACCUCCAAUUUUUCCAAAGGCAAAUUCACUUGCACACGUCCAACAUAAAACAUUUCGAUUCACUAAACCUAGAUGACAUGAAUCUCGUUAAUAUACUACUCAAGUCCGUCUUUUACGAAAAUUUAUAUGCUCUGAACAGGUACUCCUAUUUUUUGCAUAUCCGCAUGCACAGUAUUAACAGUAUUAACAGUACUAACAGUGCCAACAGUGAUAUCCAUGUAUUGCGCAGUGGUUCGGGGGGAAGACAUCAUGUCCUCAGAGACGCGCUGUUUUUGGAGGGGCACAAGGCGAGAGACGAAAAGGAAGAAUCACAGAAAUGCUCGAAAACUGCACUCCUUCUGAGUAACGAUCGCCUGCCCAUGGAAAUGAUAAAACUCUUCGACUGCUACCACACGUUCAACUUUAAGAAUGACAAUUUUUACAUCAGCAUAAACAGGGAGGACCUCUAUUUCAACAAAUGCUUCGACUCCACAAAUACAAAAGUGAAGAAAAAUUUUUAUCAAGUUUUAGACAUUUUAAAUAGGAGUUUCCACAGCACACUUCUGCGCGAUGGUCCUCUCCAUUGCUAUGAAAAGGGCGCGUGUGGUAAGGACAAAAACGACACGCACAAUGAGGAGAAACGGAAGAAGGGCCAGAGAGAAGACCAAGCGCACAACAGCUACGAUAAAAAGAACCUAAUUGUCCAAAAGAGCUACCUAAGUGAAUACAAAAUAUUGAAAGACUGCUGCUUUUUCUUCGAUACAUUUAAAAUGGAUCGAAAUAUCUCCUCGUGUUAUUUUCCACACAACAAAGAUCCGGUACUCGUCUACCUCAAUAAUUUUCACAAUUAUUACUUCUCCAAAUAUUACAAGAAACGAAAAAUACAACUGUUGAAAGAUAAGGAGGACGACGUCGAGGAGGAGGAGGAACAGGAGGAAGAAGAGGUAGAAGGACGUGCACAAAGUAGGGACCUAAUCGAUUUGAUAGACCUGGAAAACUCCUCAGACAGUUUGGAAAGCGCAUAUAUUCACAAACACAAGUAUAACAGGAAGAAUGUAAAUAAACAUUUAAAAAAAAUCAUCAAACUGGUUAAUUUAGACAAAUUAGAAGAGAAGAAAAUACUUAUCGACACCAAAAUUAACGGAAAUAUUGACAAGGUUUUAGAUUUAAUGCACCUUUAUUAUACCCUAGAAAAAUUUUACAAAAUGAAAUAUAUCUGCAUGUUCAACAUUAGCGAAAUUAAUUUUUUCGAUAUUAUCAACUCCAUUCAUUACAAACCGGAUAUCAAUUUUAACAUAAAAUAUGAUUUGUAUGUAUAUUUAUUUGAGUACAGACAGAACCAAAGUCGCCUUAGCAAUAUUUCCAUCCCUGCAACCAAUAGUUUUUCCCUUAAUGUACCAUCUCGCGCUUAUAGUAGGGAUCCCGUGGAUGGCUCCAACCGCCGCCCCAGUGCCACAUUUUACAACUACGCCAAUUCGUUGAAUGAAAAUGGAUUUCCUGUGAAUGAGGGACCGAACAAUGAGGCAAAUCGAGGAGAUAUGAAUCUGACGAAUCAAGCGACCGGCAUGAUAAAUGGGAACAACGGGGUUAGUGGAUCCCAUCCCGUUGUAUCCCACAGCGCCUAUAACCCUGCCGCUGAGUCCCCAAGGACCAACGCCCACGGAACUGGAUACCCAAAUGGGGCGCCCAUGGUGAACAUUCCCCAUAGAAACAGCAACGUCCUAAUAAGAGACAACUCCGAAAAUGACAUUCAAAAUGUCCAUUUGAGAAACGCUGCUUCGUAUCACUACACACGAUUUGAUAACAACCAAAACCACAUUAACAGACACAUUGGAAGUAACAACAUGCGGUUUAACACUGACACCUUCAACGAACCAUCCGAGGUCACCAUGCUGAACAGGAGGAUACGGGAAUUUAAUAGCUACUGGCACAUACGCACUAAUGAGCUAAGGACAAGUACUAAUUUAAAUUACCGAAGCUUGCUUAACCCUUCGAGCCGCAUGCAGCAUCAAGGCAGCAACUCGGGGAACCGCUUCAGUUACAAUCAAAAUAGGACCCCCGAAAGAAACACAGGAAAUGUUAUUUAUAGAAAUUAUGGCAACCACUUGAAUGUGUUACCUCUAAACAGUGGAGUUGGUAACUCCCGAGACGUGGCUAGAGCUAACUCGUACAAUGUAAGUCGGAAUGUGUCGACAAGUAUGGAGGAGAGUCCUCCCAUCAGUCACUUCGAGAAUAGCCCCGUGCAUAGCCACCGAGUGAAUGGCAACCAGGGGAGUAACCAGAACGAGGGAGGCGGCCACAGCAAUCUCAGCGCCAACAAUAACGAUUACGGUGGCAACAACAACGGUCACAACGAUAACAACGGUCAGAAUGACAGCUCCGUGCACCUCGCGAGAGAGCGCUCCUUCCUUCCCUUCAGCGUCGCGCACAGCAACAACGUGAACCAGAGAGAUAAGCUACACAAUUUGAAAUACUCUUUAAAAAAAAAAAAAAAAAAACACAUGAACAGAAUCAAACUAAAUGUGAAUAGCCUGCUGAAUUCUCUGAACGUCCACGUGAAGACAGACAAAAUCGACAAAAUAUUCAUCCUAAAUAAAAAGCUUAAAGAGUUACAGACUUGCAAAAAUGUAUUACGCAAUUUUAACACUGUACCUAUAAGAGAGCUAGCCAAUAAAAUUGGAGUUCCAGCAUCUACACACACAAGAGACUUCUUCGAUAAUUUCCAAUUUAACAAUAGCACGUCCCAAAAUGUUCUAGCACAUAGAGAGUCGCUCAGAAACAACGAAAUGAAUAAUAACCAGGCUGGUGUUUCAAAUGAAGUACAAGAUUCAACUAGCUCCUCUUCAUACCAGGAGAGUGAUUACAAUAGCGACUUUAAUAAAACGUGGGAAGUGCCCGAAUGUGUGGAUUCGCCCAAAAGUGUCAUCGAUGUGGAAGGUGACGGAGAAAAUGGACGCCAGAAUGGGGAUCACGAACACGGUGGUCGAAGCGACGCUCCAGGAGAUGACCCAAUUAGGAGAGCAAAUACCAACUCCAACAAGAUUUACAAUACUAGUUACAACCCCAAUGCGAAUGACUCCUCUAAUGAUGAGUUCUAUUCGAGUAAUUUUUUAUACACACCCAACAAAGCUGCUAACGAGACCACGGGCCAGGAAAAAAUGAACGACAUUUCUUUCGAUAACAUAAAUCGCAGAUACAGCUGCAACAUGUCCAUUAAUGACACGGAACCCAGGAGGGACAGCCAAAUAUCGUUUCUGUACUAUGACAGAAGAAACAGCUUCAUGAUGAAUAGCCUUCCCAGGAGGGAAAGCAACGGAUCGCUGCCAGUGCUCAACGGAGUCGCCUCCAAUUUAAAUGGACAAGCUGCAAGGCAUAGCACCGGUGGGGGAGUUGAUCGAGGUAACUAUGGCGGUGAAGAUGACCGCCCAGGAGAGCGACCAGCGCCAAACCGGCCGUCCAUAAACUCCAGUAGGAGUGUGCGAAACAGUGCAGUGUCCAGUGUAAUCCAGAGAGAAAGAAGCCACCACGUGAACGACGCCAUGUCCAGCUACAACAACACACCAAUGGAGGAAUAUGCAAACCUAUACGACGUAAACGAUUUUAAAAAUAAAAAGAAAUUAAAUAAAAAAAUUGAUUACUUUGAUUUCACAUUUGACAAAGCCAAGUGCAUUAAAUACAAUAAUUUUGUGAAUGGAAAAAUCAGAAAUGCGUUCAAAUUGCAAUGCUCUCUAUGCCAGACCAUUUUGUACAAAAAAUAUGACGACAUGCACAAGAAGAAAAACACUGUCCUAGUAAACAUUAUAAACCAUGAGAAUUAUUUGUUUAAAUUUUUGAAUAAGAAUUAUAAAUAUUGUGGGAUGUACUUUCUCGCUGGAUUAAUAUACGGAUUAGGAUUAUUACAAUUUUUUAAGAGUUUAAAAAUUUCUCUAUUUUUACAGUACAUUUUGAAAUACAAAAAUAGGUGCCUCUAUAUUUGUUCCAUUUUGGGCAUAUCUCUUUCGUUGAUAUCUUCGAAGAAUCGAGAGCUGACAUCCAUAUGUCUAAGCGCUCUGUUCAAAGAAUUAUAUGACGGCAAGAGGAAACUCAACUUGGACAGUUUACUUUUUCAAUGUUUUAACGAACAUGAGCACUGCGACGACAACUACAAAUUUGUUUUUUAUAAAAAAAAAAAAAUUAACAAGACGGACAAGGUGGGCACGAAAAUUGAACAUAUGAAAAAAGAAGGAUGCCUGCAAAAUGAAACAGAGUCUAGACAAGCCUGCGCAGGGGACGACUCCCAAUAUUGUAACCUGCUCUAUGCAUAUGACAACGAAUUAUCCGAUGAAGAAACUUCAACCGUUCCGAUGACCAGUGACGAUGCGUCGUCCCUUUCGUGCAACACCCUUGAUCGAAAUAUAGGAAGUGGGAUAGGGAACCCCUUGGCUGGAUCCACCAGCUUUCCGAGCCACCGCGAGGGGGACGGGGCGGAGGGAAUUUACAACCUCACAAGGGGAAGCACCGACGUCAGUUACUACCCAAAUGCGGAUUCUAAUGCCGACCCGGGUAUGCUAAUUCGGGCGGACACUCCGCAGAACGGGGAUGCAGGUGCUAAGCAGGACCAUCACGAGGAAAGUUCAAAGGAGGACUAUGAUUGGGGUGGCAAGGAGCAUUACGAUGGGCAUGCUAAACAGGACAAUUCCGAUAAGGCAUUCAAAUUGGACUACGACAAGACGUACCAUCCCCCCCAUUACGACCUUACGGAUGGACAGUGCGAGAGAAUGGAACACCUCAAUGAGGGACUUGACACCGCACAGGAGGGAACACCGCAUUAUAUAUAUCGACCAAAAAAGGGUGCCGACGUGGAUCCAUACAGUGAUAAGUUCAGCGAGGAAUGGGAGGACCGAAAUGAAUAUAUGCGUCAGUACAUACGUGACCGAGGGGGUAAAGACGACAACGUGGAGGAGGAGGACCCAAACGAUGACGAGGAACAAAACAUACAGGACGAAAAAAAUGACCACCCAGAUGAUUGCGGUUUUAGAGAUCCGCUAGAUGGUAACCCAGAAAACCAACCAGAUAACAUAGACGAAGUGUACUCCCUUAUGAACUCCCCAAUAUCCAAUUCGAUUUGCUCCGAAAAUUCUCAAGAGAAAAAGAAAAACAAAAGUGGAGACUACAAAUGGCAAAAAAUGAAAAGCAACAGUAGAAAAAAGAAAAAAAAAUCUUUAGACAACCUAGUGCUCAGUACGAACUUCCUUUGUCUAGGAUACCUUCACAUGAAUAGCAACAACAAAUGUUUGACAAGAUACAUCUUUAAGCUAUUACAAAAAAGAAAUUUGAGCAAGUUAAAUUUAUUGUGUAUUUUCUGGUCCAUAGGAAGUAUCAAUUAUAAAAAAGGCAGCCUUUUCCACACUAUAAUAAUUUCCUUACUAUAUUUUAUAAAUGCAAAUGUACCAUAUAAAAUGCACAAAAAUGAUUUCAUAAAAACAUUCUCCAUGAAGAGUUUACAUGCAGAUGAUAUGUCUUACGACAUAAUGCACAUGAUCAUCUCAUCCGCCGUAGCAGUUUCAUUAUCCUUCUUCAGAAGCAACAAUAUUCAUGCCUUUAAUAUGAUUUUUAUGCCCUCCAUAAUGGACCACAUAUACUAUUUUAAUCAGUACGAAAUUAUGGUAAAAUCGUUUGCGCGAAAUAUGAUCAUCUUCGAUUUUGUGGAGUUAUCUCAUGAAUAUAUUCUGUCGAAUAUUCCUCCUUUCUUGAGGAUUCUUCCUAACGAUUGGAGCAGAAAGAAGAAGAGUAAGCUACCCUAUAUGCACUUGAUUAACAAAAAUGGAACCUUCAAGGAUAAAGAACUGGAGAAAACAUUCAUCCUUCUAAAUGGGCACCUAAAUUUGGGCCAUGAUUUUGUACGUAAUGAGAUGAACAGAAUGUACGAGGGUGGACGCUAUUUUCGUCUGUCCAAGCAGAGCUUUGUACAUUGCUACAGGGAUAAGCUAUCCCCGGGAGGCGCUGCCCUGAAGUAUUAUUUCCACGGCGGACGAGGUAGCGGCGUAGACGGUGUACAUGAAAGAGGAACCCGCGCUGGAAGCAAUGACCGCGUCGAUUGCCCAAGUGCAUAUGUCGAAGACACAAGUAGCGACCAACAGACCAACGCACAGAGGCGUAAUCACGAACACAAUUUGUUAAAAGAUUACACCUUCGUCUAUAACUGCGAAAUGCUCAGGUACUACAUCAUCAUGGGGGUGCUUCAAGUGCUCAGCAUAAAAUACCUUUCGACACACCACGAGCAUUUCAAGAAAAUAUGCUUCGAAUAUAUCUCCUACUUUGAAAAUAUUAAUAAAGGAAUUUAUGCCAAAAAGAAAUUGGAGAAGCUAUACAAAAAGGUAAACUAUUUGGUCCAAAAGAUUAAGGAUAAGGUUACGAAUGAGAAUCUUGUGCAGGACCUCCUUCCCGAUGUACACGAAGUUUUGCGCGAGACGAAUGCGAAGAAGUCCCAGGGAGGUGCGUCCACAAGUGCGAUGGUUAAUCAGAUGGGAGGGGGAAGUUUAAGCAGCAGGGGAAUCGAUGUUAGGGUUAGCGACUCGAUAAGUGGGCAGCUACGGAGCGAUAGUGGAGAAGAUGAUGAUGAUCACGAUGAGGAUAGCCGCUAUACUCAUCCCCGCCAUAGCUACGGAGGAGAAGAAAGGCAGGAAGACAUAGACGACCAAAUCAACAACCACCUUCAUGACCUCAUUGAGCAUCUGGAGUAUGACGACUGCUCCAGCGAUUCGGAGGACACAAAAAAGAAGAUCGAUUCAUCGCACCCCAGAAAAAGGAACGAAAUGGAUGGAGGAACGCACAAAGAAGUGAUGCAAAGACAAUGCGCAGACUCGACAAACAUCAUGGUGGCCAUGUCCAGCAGUAAAAAAAACUCAGUGUACUCUCACAUAUACAAAUUAAUUUUAAAGUAUGUUAAAAAGAUAAAGAAAAUUAAGAAAUGUUUGCACAAUUGGUACUCUCCUGUGGAGGAUGAAAAUUACAUAACCAGUCGAUUGUUAGGACAAAAGUAUCAAAAUGAACAGAACCAUUUAUACAAAAUAAAAGAAGAAGAUGUGAACGAUAUUGUCAAUUUAAUUUAUCAGUGUCUUUCCCUUGUCUUUGUCGGAAGUUGCGACAAAACAUUGAAUAAAAGAAUAAAAAACAAAAUAAACAAUCUGGUGAACAUCAGAGAUAAAAACACGAAUAAUUUGUACUACUACUACUUAGGGUAUAUAAACCUAGGGUGUGGAAAAUAUGUGUUAAAAAGACACACAGAUGUGUCCACCUGUACACUCACCUUAAUUCUGUUUAGCUUCUUUCAUAUCUAUGAUUUGUCAUCCCAUUUUAUCAUCCAUCUGAUCGAAUUUAUGUACGUUCUUCUAAUUGACAAACGCUUUUUAAAAAUAUACGAUGUCACGUCAAACCAAUUUGUUAGCCUCCCCAUCCAGUUAAUUUACACGGAGAAGGUGAGCACUUAUCAUUUGAAGACAACUCGAGACAGUCACAAACAAGUGACCAAUAAAAACCAAAGAAACGCACUUAACAGAAACUUCUAUUUACACAAAACCAAUUACACAAGUCUUAACAGAAAGGUAAUCCUCUCCCCCAGUGCUAUCCCACACUUGGACAUUGUAAACAUUUCCAUCGUGAAUAAUGAAUAUUACCACUUGAGCUUUUCCUGCUUCGAUGCAAAGACGACGAAAGGGAGCCUCUCGCGAGGCACCGUGGGGAGGGACCCACAUACAGAUCCACACAUAUGCGAACUGAAGAACGGACCGCGCAUAACACCUGGACAACCAUGCGACAAGAACAAUAUUGUGAGAAAAAUAAUAAAACGGGGAAUCCUCUUCGUUAAAAGACGAGAAUAUAACAGCGUGCCGCUAGAUUAUAAGCACUUGUUCGUGGCAGAGACACUUCGCGGCCUGUGUGAAGGGGGAGAAAAAAUGGGUAUGCAUGUCGUCCCCCCUGAGAAAUUCACCAGAAAUAUCGACACAUGUACAGGCGCUUCCCAUAGGGAUACUACAAACCUUCGAGGAAGUAAACAGCCAAAUGGAACACAUAUCUUUAGCAAUGCUGUCUGGUUGGAGCAACUUCAUCCUAUGAGCAAAGAGAACACCCUCGUGAUGAACCAAAAAGGAUCCCUCCUGGAGAUCACCGAAAAGAAAAACAUCCUUAGGAACACACUGAUGAGGUAUAAAGAUAGCCAAAGCACCAUAGCCAAUUUUUUACUGGAAGUGCUAAAGUACUAUGAGAAAAUCCCCUUGACAUUUUCAGACGACACAAUGUUACUAUUUCAAACAAAGGGGAAUUAUACACAUAAAAAUAUAAGCGAGCUACUAAUGCUAAAGUAUUACAUAAAAUUGGACGGAGAGAGAUCCUCUUCGGAAGAGACCUACCACGACGAUCACUUGGUAGCAGAGGGAAAAUUUGCGAAGCUCUUUCUACUCUUCAAUGAGGAGUUUAGUAAGCAAUUUAUCGAAAUUGAAAAGUUUAAUAAAGAGAGGAAAAAUAAAAUGGUGCAGUUCCUUCCCUUAAUCUAUGCUGUUAUUGUAAAUUAUUACGAGAGGAAGUGGUCCGCCCAGUGGGAUAAAAAAAUUUGGUCAGUGCAUUUAGAGGAACAUAAUAAAAUUCUACACACCUUCCAUAGCCAUGUGAAUAGCCCAGACUUGGCAGGGGACAAUGAAGAGGGUAGUAAAAACGACUUAAUCACCACCUCUGCGAUGUCACCCGCACCAAUCAUCAUAAACAAUAUAUACAACGAACGUACGCAAAACAACAUUUAUACCCUUUACUACAAAAGUAGAGAGAAGAAGGAGAACAUACUGGUCAGCGACCUGAAUCACAUAAAUCAGCUGAAUCAACUGCUAAUCAAAUAUGCCCUCAAAAAGUUGAACCCCUUUGUGAAAUACCAACUGGUGAAACAAGUGCAAAACAAUUUCGACUAUUUUCUCCUGGUCCAAAAUUUACACAUUGAUCGAAGUGUCAAUUAUUUAUAUUUCCUCUCAGAUGUGUAUCAUUCCUUCUAUCCAUUUUAUCAAUUCUUUUGUAAGUACUGGGAAGACCAUUACUUUGGCACACUAGCAUCAGCAAGAAAAGCACAGAAGAAAUCAAUUUGCGAUUUGGAAUUCUUCGAUUAUGUUGCCAAUCCUGAGAGAGAUACCAAAGUUGUAGUCAUAGGGGUGGGAGGAGGUCAGGGGGGUGACCUGUCUGCGUAUACGUUUCCAGAAAAAUCGAGCAGCUCCUACUUUUUGCGCCCCCCAAAAAGGAAUAAAAGGAAGGGAUGUGGUGUGGGGGGAAGGGUCGAAAGGGGAGGCAGUGCUUGCAAGGUAAAGGUUACGUGGAUAGAUGAAGCUGAGAAGGGCCUGUCAUGGAAGGAUGAAUCUGAGAAAGACGCAUCAUGGAAGGACGAAACUGCGAAGAAGGAACCUAUAUGCUCAAACGGCACGUUUGACAAAGUGAAGGAUCUGCUCAGCCUCAAUUUUGAAUACCUCAAAAUCAUGCAGGGGAUCUACAAAAGAUCCAGCACAAAAGUGAGCCUGAUGAGUUACCUGCCCUUCUUUGGCACCGACUGCCAUUUUGUCUACUUUUUUGAAAAUAACAUAAAGGUGAUAAAAAGGAUUUUCCAGCAGUAUUACCACAAGGGCUACCCCCACAAAAACAUCCUUUUUAACAAAGGAAAAAUUUCUACCAACGAUUCGAGCAACGUAGUAAAUUUAUUUACACAAUAUUGUAACUUCCCCAAUUAUUUCUCCUUUUGGAAUAUCGUUCUAUCUGACAAGGAGGAUAAUUUCCUUUUUGUACCUAAGUGUAGACACCACUACGAUCACAAAUACAAUAAGUACAUUCGCUCCGUUAUUUCAAAAGCGGACCAGGUGGUGUUUACCCACAACAAUAUGUUACAGGGCCAAACGGUGAGGAAUAAGCACAAGCAUAUUUAUGCAAAGGUACCACAUAGGAGCGCAGCUAAGUGUGGCCACUUUAACGCUGCUCGUGGAAAUGUUUUUCGUUUACAUGGUACAAUACCCCCCAAUGGCAAAACUCCCCUUCAUCACAAAAAGAGAUAUAUAAACAUAGCGCUAAAAUGGAUUGACAAGCGUAAUUCACCAUCAGCUGGAAGAGUCCAUACGGAAGAGAAGUACUACCCCUUUGUGAUCCUCCAGAGAAUAGCACACACGAUUCAGAAGAACGCAAAAAAUGAAGUCUGUCCAAUUAGAAGUGCGUUCAUAGAAAAUACCCAUGGAAAAAAAACAUCCCUCAGUGCAUACAACUUUUUCAAACACUGGAUAAGCAGAAGUGAACACUUAUCUAGCAAACUAGUUACAUCGCAUAAUAUUUCAUUAAAUUCUGCAUGCAUCAAUUCUUUUUUCGAGGAUAUAUUACUUUGUUUUUUUAUUGGGAAUUUAUAA